AUGAACGGGGACCUCAGCCUCUCCCAGUCCCUGGGAGGGCUCCGAAUAGCGAAUCCGGACGAUUCGCCGCUCCAGUCUGAGGUCGCGAGUCCGGUUCCAGCGGGACUCAGCCCGUCGGCUCAGCCGGCCGGUUCGGUAUCAACACCUCCACAGACUUACCCGCCGCUCGACGAGCGCCCAACGACCUUUCCUCCGGCUCCCCUCCACAACCCGGUAUCGAACGAGAAUCGCUCCUCCGUCAUCUAUCCAACCUCUGAUCCCCCUCAGCCCUCGUCGGGUCCCUAUCAGUCCUAUUCGACACAGCCUUAUUCCACCCCCCCAAACCCGAACCGCCCCCUAUCCUCCGUCUUCGCGAACGGCUCCGUCUCUUCGGUCAUCCCCCGGCACAAUUCCUAUCGCAUGCGAACCGAUUCCGGCGCUUCGUCCACCUCCACCUCACAUUCACGGGUGGACACUCGCGGCGGCUCGGCGGCGUUACAAGCAGGGGUUCCCGCGCGCGAUAACUCCCACAGCGAUCGCUCCUACCGAACAGCCCAGAUCCCGGCCAAUGGGCCGGCAGUAAUGCGUCAAUCGUCUCGAGCGCAUACCCGAGGCGGAACCACGCCGCAAAUGUCGCGAACACCAUAUGGCAUGGAGAACGGUCCCGCGCCCAGCAGUGAGGAUUGGCAGGACCGCGGCGCCGCAGUCGCGGUGAGACAGGAGGUCGAUGCCAACGGGAAGACGGUUGCUCGCUAUAUCAAGAAGGGUGUCCGGGAUUUCUCCUUCGGAAACACGCUCGGUGAAGGUUCUUACAGCACGGUGGUGUUUGCGACAGACCGGCAGACGUUGAAGGAGUACGCGAUCAAAAUCCUCGACAAGCGACACAUCAUCAAGGAGAAGAAGGUCAAAUACGUCAAUAUCGAGAAAGACACGUUGAAUCGCCUGACUGACCACCCGGGAAUCGUGCGGCUCUACUACACCUUCCAGGACGAACGGUCGCUCUACUUUGUGCUGGACCUCUGCCAAGGAGGAGAGCUGCUUGGGGUACUGAAACGAAUGACUACCUUUGACGAAGAAUGCACCAAGUUUUACGGCGCCCAGAUUCUCGACACGAUAGACUAUAUGCACAAGCGCGGAGUGAUUCACCGGGAUCUGAAGCCGGAAAAUGUUUUGCUGGAUCACCAAAUGCACGUCAAGAUCACCGACUUCGGAACCGCCAAGAUUCUCAAGACUCGACGGCCGGACGAGAGCCAGACCUCGAUCCAGAUCGACUCGACCGAAAUUCCCGAAGAAGAACGAGCAAGCUCCUUCGUCGGCACCGCGGAGUAUGUCAGCCCGGAGCUGUUGACCGAGAAGAACGCGUGUAAGGCGAGUGACCUGUGGGCAUUUGGGUGCAUUAUUUAUCAGCUUUUGGCUGGCCGUCCGCCUUUCAAGGCGGGCAAUGAGUACCAAACGUUCCAAAAGAUUGUCGCCUUGGAUUAUGAGUUUCCAAUCGGGUUCCCCGCGGUAGCCCGCGAUCUGGUCGAGCGUCUCCUGGUCCUUGAUCCUGCUCGACGUCUGCAGAUCGAACAUAUUAAGAACCACGAAUUCUUUGACGGCAUUUCAUGGGGGCCGGAGUUGUGGAAGCAGAAGGCUCCCCGGUUGAAAGCAUACAUGCCACCCCCGCGAGAGCCGAUUAAGCUUAAUGGUGGCGAGGGAGGUGAAAGCUUUCCUCCUGCGAUCUCAACCACUCCGUCCAACGCGACGACUUCCAAUUCUCGCGCACUCCCUCGGGUCGUCACCGAACUGCCCCCACCGAGUCAGCUCGAUAUUGAGUGGUCGCCUGUGUUGAGCAAGGCGAAUGAACGGAUAUUGAAACUCGGUAACAUGGUGGUCUUUUCUUCCCCUGCAUCUCACAGUCCAUCGAAGAACGGCAGCGGUGAGGCCGAGGCUCCCAAGAAGUUCUCGCGUUUCUUCUCGGGAACAGCCACAAAGAAGCGAUCACGGUGGGUCAUGGUCACAUCGGCCGGACGUAUCAUUCUCGCUGCAGCUGGCGGGGAUGAGAAGAAGGCAAAGCUGGAGAUUCCUCUACUUGAGCCUGGGACCCAUUAUCGGAGCACGACUGAUGCCAAGGGACACUCUUCUUGGAUUGUAGACACGAGGACUAAACAUUACGUCUUCGAAGAUCCGAAGCCGUCCUCCAGCAACAUCGGAGCCUCGGCGGUAUCAGCGCAAGAAUGGCUGGAUGCGCUCGAUAGGGCCAAGGAGAUGGCUGCCAUGCAACAAAGCACCGGGCCUUACUCCGCCGAGGAUGCCUUCCGUGACCUGUCCUCUGGGUUUUCUAGCCAUGCCAACACGCUCGACCACAGUACGGAGCUUCAGAAUGAAAGCAACAUCCCUCCCCCGGGACGCAAUACCCUGGUGAAACACCAGGCCAAUGACUCGGAGUCGGUCAAGGGGAAGAAGAGAUUCAGCCGGCGGCAUUCGAAGAAUGGCCUUGCAGCUGUCUUCUAA